AUGUCUGUAGUGCCUUUCCAGAUACCAGAAAACCACGGCGUAAGCAGUGAUAGUCAAAAGAAAGAAAAUCCUGCAGCCUGUGUCUUUGUAGCAAGAGAUUUAAAAGAUGCUGAUCUAAAGACAAGUGUUUACGAGCAUUUCCUCAAAUGGGGCCCUAUCAUGAGUGUCAAAGUAUUCAAGGAUUGGUUGGAACGACCCUACGCAUUUGUCCAAUAUGAGGCGGUCGAUGAUUGUAAACAAGCAUUGAGGGAGGCACCCAAGACUUCCAUCCAUGGUAGACGUAUUCGAUGUGAGCCUGCUAGAGUCAAUCGCUCCAUCUGUUUGAUCUCGUUGAACCAGCCAUUCAGUAAGAAGCAUGUGGCCAACAUCUUGUCUGAAUACGGCGAGAUUGAGGAUAUGAAUAUACUGCAGCCUCAUGGCAAAUUCCAUUCCAUCAUCAUCAAGUUCAAGUUCAGGGAUGAUGCCAUCAGAGCAUACACGAAGUUGAAGUUUCCCCAGAAGAACAUCAUGAAUGAACGCUCCCAUCAGCAAUGGUUUGUAGAGUGGGCAGCUUAUCUGAACAAUGAUAAUGUGUAUGGCGUCUGUGGUACCACUUGUCGCUUGGAUAAACAUACCAUCUUUAUUGGCAACUUGCCCGAGUCCAUCAACGAGGAGGAUUUGUUUAUCAAGUUUACAAAAUAUGGCCAUAUUCUGGAUAUUCACCUGAUCCGUAAGCCUGUGUAUCGCCACACGUAUAAGAAGGUGUUUGCGUUUUUAAAGUACCAAGGCGAAAAGGAGACCAAAGAGGCUAUUGAUUCAGAGAACGGUGCUCUUUACAAGGACAAGGUCAUUCGUGUUUGCUAUCGUCAAUAUCCCUGCAACAAUCAUUACAAUAACCGCUGCAACUAUCAAAUAAACAGUACUAGUAUGCCGUAUCUCGGAUACAACAACAGCGACAACAACAACAACAACAAAGCAUUUAGUAGCAUAAAUGGUAUUGAAUACAAUAAUGGUUAUCAUAAUAAUGUAUAUCCUACGCCACCCUCCAACGGCUAUUACGUUGACCCAUAUUCUACUAUCAUCUAUACAGUCCCCUUUUACAAGUAUACAUAA